AAACUUGAGAGAGAUGAACGGUAAAUUAAAAGGAUGAGCACGACCGGCGAAGUCGUCACUAUUUUUAUCGGUCAAGCUGGAACUCAAGUGGCAAGUGCCUGUUGGGAAUUACUUUGUCUCGAACACGGUCUCAGACCUGAUGGUUUUCUUCAACGUGGAUACGGACCCGUCGAUCAACGUUACUACACGUUCUUUGGACCAACCGCGACAGGAAAAUGCACGCCCCGGACCGUGAUAGUGGAUUUGGAGCCAAGUGUGGUCGACGAGAUCAGAACCGGUGCUUACAGAAAUCUCUUCAAUCCGUCGUCGUUGAUAACUGGCAAGGAAGAUGCAGCGAAUAAUUUUGCAAGAGGAUAUUACUCGAUCGGUGCAGAGAUAAAAGAUCUCGUUCUAGAUCGUAUUCGAACCACCUGCGAGGCUUGUUCCCGAUUAUCCGGCUUCCUCAUCUUCAGAUCCUUUGGCGGUGGCACUGGUAGCGGCUUAACUACUUUGCUGCUGGAAAAUCUCUACGUGGACUAUGGGAAAAAAUUGAAAUUGGAUUUCGCAAUUUAUCCAGCGCCGAACAUAUCCACAGCCGUCGUCGAACCUUAUAAUUCCAUACUAACGACUCACGGGACUCUAGAUUACGAGGAUUGUUGUUUUAUCGUCGAUAACGAAGCUUUGUACGAUAUUUGUGCGAGGAAUCUGAACGUGGAAAAUCCGACUUAUACGAAUCUCAACAGAUUGCAAGCUCAAGUAGUAUCCUGCAUCACGGCGUCGAUAAGAUUCGAAGGCUCGGUCAACGUCAAUUUGGAGGAGUUGCAGACGAAUUUAGUACCUUAUCCAAGAAUUCAUUUCCCCUUGGUAACGUAUGCUCCCAUAACUACGCCUGAAAGAGCAAUGAACACGGCGAUGUCCGUUCAACGGAUCACGUACGAUUGCUUCGAGCCUGCUAAUCAAAUGGUAAAGUGCGAUCCUCGUACGGGUAUUUACAUGAGCUGCUGUCUACUUUAUCGCGGUGACGUAAGUCCGAGUGACGUUAAUAACACCAUCGCUAGUUUGAAGGGCAAAAGGUUCAUACGAUUCGUUGGUUGGAGUCCGGCAGGAUUCAAGGUAGGAAUUAAUUAUCAGCCAUCCACGACGGUUCCUGGCGGUGAUUUGGCCUAUUCGAACAAAACUGUGGCAAUGUUGUACAACAACACGGCGAUUCGACACGCUUGGGUCAAGAUUGCACGGAAAUGUGACUUGAUGUAUCAGAAAAGAGCUUUCGUUCAUCACUACGUUGGCGAAGGUAUGGAGGAGAAAGUCUUCCAAGAGGCUAUAGACAACACAGCUGCCCUCGUCGAGGAUUACAAAGAGGUCGAAUUAUGACGCGUCAACGUUUUCUUCGAUCUUAUAAAAUAAAGUCGAUCUCGAUCGGAAAAUAUCGAACAACGAAAUCACAAACGGAAACUAUGAAGUUCGAAUGAGACGACGAAUCGCCACGACUCGUGUUUGGAAAUCGCAUUUUCAACGAUCGAUUGGUAUAGAAAAUAAACGUGUUGACAAAAAAUAUACUAAUUACCUUUAAUUGACUAGACGAAGCUUCGUCACGAUUUCUAGCAGCGCACGCGAGUUCGAAGUGAGCGGGCACUUUGGACGCGCAUGCGCGAUGCGUCGCUACGACUCGUGCAAGUGUGUAUACACACACACACACAUGUAUAUAUUUAUCAAUUUUUAUUUACAAAUUAAAACCUAGUACUCCACGCGAAAACUUAAAAGACAAAAAAUCGAAGAAGAAAUUUGAAAUCCGAUAAAUACUUUUUUUACUUGCUUUCUUACGCCGCAUGCGCAUUAGCUCGUCCGCCGUACAUAUCGAAUUGACGCACGACGAAAUUAUACGACACCAGCUCGGCGAAGAGUACAAAAAAAAAAUGAACCGAAGGAGCGUCGAAAGAAGCCUGUCUUUUCUCGGUGCACGUACUCGUUGUACGACGAUGAGACUUGCUUCGAGUCUCUCCAUUCGAUCGCUACGAAGCAAGUGAGAUAUCCCAAGUCCGUGUUGUAGUCCCUUGAAGAAAUUGCUAUUGUCUCGACGCGAAAGCGAAACAGGCGCAUUUUCAACAGUUUUUGUCAACUCGCGUAAAGAUUACUCAUGAGAAUUGCUUAUUUUUAUACGUGACUUUUAUAUACGAACAUUUUUUUAAAUGUCCGAAAAGAUAACCUCGUAUAACCUUUACCUUUCGAGCGAGCGCUCGAUCGCUAAUAUCCGAGAAAAAUUGCGAUCGUAAGAAUUCGUAACAUCUUCUCCAGCACCUUAAGAUUUAAUCGUUCGAAGUAGAGUGUAAUUCGACAAGUCGGUUGCUAUGGUAAUCCUAUGUCGAGUGUGACUCGACAAUAAUGGUCGCUAUGGCAACUUUAUGUCGAGUACCACUCGACAUAGUUUUCCUUUUACUCACGACCAGCCUUAUGCGUCGCAUUUUGUCAGUCGUUACUCUACAGCAGUGUCGAACGUACUGCUUCCGUUCUCAAUUCUUAUAAAAAAAAAAAAAAAAAAUCAUCGGUUAAAUAAUGUGUGACACUGACA